CUGAAAUGUCACAACCAAUAGCAGUGGACAUUAUCUCCGACGACGAUGAUCAGGACACAAGCAACGACGUCGCGUCGACUCCGCUCCCAAAGCAAUUCAAGAAACCAAGAACAAACUCGAAUUCCCAUCCACAAAGCCCUCCUAUCUUCGUCAUCGACGAUGACCCAACUCCUCGCAAACAUUCGGUGGGUACUACCUCCACCCCGUCGUUUGUCGCCGAAACCCCGACGUCCGAGUCGCCGAAAUCGGAAGUUUCAGUCGUCAAAUGCAAUACCGAAGGUGUUUUGAAUACCCAGCUUAGGCCUUGUUUUAUGUCUGAUCAUAAACCUUCGGUAAAAGCCAAUAUAAAAGAUGUCACAAAGAUAAGUGUGGCUGAGGUGGUGUCUUACAUUAGGGGUAGUGGUGUCAAUUCAGCUUUGAAACCUGAAUCAAUGUUAUUGGCAGCCAAGGCCAUUUCUCCUAAUCCAUCUUGCUCCUUCGCAGGUAUCAAUGGAUUGAUAUGCUUGGAGUCCGAUAAUGACUCUGAAAAUGGUUCUAUGAAUGAAACGUGGAAGCAGAAUGAAACAAUGUUGAAUUCCAUAGAAUUGACAAUUCCCCUUGUUGCAAAGGAUUCCAAUUUGAGCUCUAGAUAUAUCGAGUCCAGAUUGCCAUCUGAUGCCUUUAGGGAAGUUACACAAGAAAUUUUAACGGGGAAUGUUCAUGUAGCACAAGUGUUCGGGUAUAGUUUUUCACAUCCAAAUUCAUCUGAAGAUGAUAUUGUUCAGUGUCGUAAAUAUGAGACUUGGAGUAUAUAUGUGCACCCACUUGUAUAUCUAAGUUUGCCUCCUGAUGUGUAUGAGAAAGGAGUAGGGAAGUGCUUCCUUUGGAAGUUCAAGUUGCGCUUGGCGCUAGGGGUGGGCACCAACUCCGACGAAUUGCUUUCUGAGUCAUUUAAGGACUUGAAGCUUUUGGUGGUUGGUGUUAACUUCCUCACUAUUGAAGUGCUCUUUGCCAUUGCUUACUAUCACAAGGUACCUUAUUGUCCGGAGCAAGAAAUUGACAGGCUGGAGCUGAUAGAUAAUGUCUUGAGACCGAAAGGUAAAUGUAAAGAUAAUGCAUAUAAGAAAAGGAACAUGGAUGAAGCAAUAGGAAAAAGGAGGAUAUCUAAGGAAGAAAGAGUCCGUUUAAAGGAAGAAAAAAAACAACAGAAGGAACAAGAAAAGUUGCAAAAAGAAGUUCUGAGGGCUGAAGCUGUGGAGAUGAAAAAACUACAAAAAGAAAGGCAAAAGUGGGAAAAGGGGAAGUUUGCUUUAAAAUCAAUUGUGGCUGAAAUUGACCCUAAAAUAGUUGAACUGGGUUCAGUUGGAGGACAUCUGCUUACAAGGUUUGCAGAAAAAGGUCUUACAUAUCGUAUAACGUCAAACCCAAUUGAACGAUCUAUUGUGUGGACAAUGGCUGUUCCAGAACAAAUUUCACAGCUCUCGUCUGAGAGGAUCGAAAUUCAAUAUGUGUUACUCGUAUAUGAAGCCGAAGAGUUCUGCAACCUUGUCAUGAAUGAAUCCCUUAUGACUCAUGUUUCCUGUGUUCGAAGUCAUUAUCCAACUCAUACAAUUUGCUGCCUUACUAAUCGACUCAUGGCAUAUAUCAAUAAAAGUCGUGAGGAACAGAUGAGGAUGUUGGGGGAAGGUUUUAGCAAAUUGGGUACAUUGCUCGCGAAGUUGAAGACGAUGAAAAGGGGGAUAGAGGAACGUGGCAAAAAUAUAUGUAUGAGUGUACACAAGUUAGGUGGAAAUAAGGAUAACAAUAGCAAAGAUAUGACUAUUGGGAAUGUGCUAAAACAGAUUGUUAAUGACGUUUAA